GUUGCAUUCAACAGAAUCCAAUCUCAGCAGUACUUUCGAAAUCGUCCGCAUGUUUCCGCGAACGAAGUUUCCUUCUUCACACAAUUUACGAUGCCUCCACUUCUAAUUACCAUAUCUAUAAAUCAUGACCCAUCUCACAUUGCAUUCAUCUAAGAUUAUAUAAUAUGGGAAAGAGAGAAGACGUUACUGGUGUGGUGUUUGAGGAUCAUUUUCCGGCGAUGGUGGAGAAGCUGGGAGCGGAGGGGUUUAUGAAUGAGCUGUGUAAAGGGUUUGAGGUGCUCAUGGAUUCUCACAAACAGCUCAUCACAUUCCACAGCCUGAAGAAGAAUGCUGUCGUCUUGGGUUUGCAGGUCGACGAUGAUGAUAUGCUCCGGUGUAUGUUGAAGGAAGGUGAUUUGGACGGCGAUGGGUGUCUCGAUCAGAUGGAGUUUUGUGUUUUGAUGUUUAGAUUGAGCCCCAAUCUCAUGAAUCGAGCUACCGAUAUCUUGUUUCAAGACGUUGAUUAGCUGACAUUUUUUUUAAAAAUUUGGAGAUAUUCUUGUUUCCGUUUACUGAAUCGGGAUCUAUGUACAUUUUAAUCGCUGACAUGAGUCAGAAAACUAUUUACAUAUCUAGUUCGUAUAAUAUUUACAACACAAA